AUGAAGAACUUCGUCACCCUCGCAGCAUUUGCUGCCAGCACCAAUGCCUUGGUUGGCCGCAGCAGCACCUGCUGCUUCCAUCUGACUGCUUCUGGUGGUGUGUCUGGCUCAGUUGGCCAGCUGAACAACGGCCAGACCCGUGUUGGGGACAACACUCUGUCGCCAGCUCAAUUCUGCCUUAACUCGUCCAACGGCACUAUCGCUGAUAGUAAAGGCCGUGGCUGUAUCAUCAACUGUGAGUACUUAAAUGAUACAGUUUCAAUACGCAGUUCUGAUAAUCUUUCCAGCCGAAACUACCCAGUUCCAGUGUGGUCAGGGCGCCGCUGCCACCCCGGGCUUCUCUAUCAACUCCCAGGGUGA